AUGUCCGCACCGAUUCCACCUAGAGACGGCCAAUUGCCGCCGUCGGUGCCGCUGGUCCGUCGCAGAAAGAGACUCAAGAUAGAAGUCGCUUGCGAUCGCUGCAGGAGUCGCAAGGUCAAGUGUGACGGCGCCCGGCCAGGGUGUGGUAAUUGUUCCCGCAAGCUGGACCACCGCGACAAGUGUCACUAUGGUUCCGACUCAAAUCACUCUUCGCCCAGCGGCGCAAAUGCGGCGUCGAUGACGAAACGUGACAAGGCAUUUGAUGGCGAUAUUAUUCCACCAACAAGUGGUCCCACUGCAUCGCAGGCUGGUACAUGGCAACCACCGCGCGGCAGCCUUCACCCUGCCCAUAGGCCGCUUGCCGCGAAGCCGAGUUCCACCAGCUCUGGCUUCUCCCAACCGCAAUCAUCGUCAAAAGCGAGAGAGCCCGGGAACUCGCCGACUGUUGACUCAAUGACGGCGAUUUGUGACGACACCACGACUGAAUUUUUUGGCAGCAGCAGCGCGGGCUCUUUUACUGCGCAGAUCAAAGCCGCCAUCGACGCCCGCCUGGGCCACUCACUCAAUAGUUAUCCUGUGGGGAGUCAAGGGCCAAGAAUCUCGCAGCCACCUCGAUCGGUAUCCAAAUGUCGCCAUGGCCCGAAAAAUGUGCUUUUACCUACGCGAAGGCUGGCCGACGAGUUGAUGCGCACAUACUGGCUAUAUAUCGACCCGCUGUACCCUUUUCUGAACAAGGAAGACUGGCAGGACCGGUAUGCUCGCCUGUUUGCUGGCCAGCCUUUUAAUACCGAUGAGUCUGUAUUUAUGGCUUCAUUAAACAUUGUUUUUGCCCUCUCGACCCAAUUGCAUGAAGGUCAGGACGCCACAGCCCGGAACGACACAAGCCAGGACUACUUUCAGCGUGCCCAAGAUCUCGUUGAUGUCACCACAUGGGAUUCCGGCAGUCUUGAAGUAGUCCAAUACUUGCUAAUUACCAGCCAAUAUCUACAAUCUACGAAUUCACCGCAUCAAACUUGGAUGGUAGUAGGGCUCGCAGUCAGGACAGCCCAGAGCCUAGGAUUGCACUUGGCUGAGACUUCGGCUGCAAAAUCGCCCACAGUAGAACAACAGCGCUAUCGCAAAAUAUGGCACGGGUGUGUUCUGAUGGACAGAAUGGUCGCCCUCACUCAUGGCCGUCCAGCAAUGAUAUCUGCUGAGCUUGCCAGCUCUGUUCCCCUACCAGCUAUCGCGGAAGAGGACACGCAAAUACCCAAUGACUCAACCGACGUCGCAUUUUUCGUCAAGUCUGCCGAGCUCUAUGAAAUAACUCACAGAUUGGUCGAGACGUUAUAUUCCACCCCAACCGGUCGCACAAAACGUAUAAAGCCAAGCCAGAGAGCUGCCAGCGACCUGGCAAACAUUGUCCAGAUCGACGGCGAAAUGGCCGAAUGGGAACAUGGUCUUCCAAAACAGCUGCAACAACACUCUCUGGGGACCAUCGCGGCACGGCCAAGUAUUAUUCUUCGCCUGCGCUUCUUGCAUGCGAGGAUCCUGCUUCUCCGCCCUAUCCUCAGCUUGGUAUGCCUGCCGCAGGCGGAUACAGAAUCAGACACGGAACGACUCGCAUCUCAACUGCGCAAGCAAUGCGCGCUAGAAUGUGUCGCCACAGCGAGAGCCACCAUCAAGACAUUUUUUGAUCACCAAGUCUCAGAUGGCACGGUCGGACUGUUGCCUGCGUGGUGGUACCGUCUGUACUACCUGUUCUCGGCUUCGACGGUACUCAUCGCCGCCAAAUUGCGCCCCGACGUCUUUCCUGUCGAGGGCAUCAACCAGUCCUGGGAGCAAGCAAUUCACGUUUUUGAGAGGCUGCAACACGUUAGCCAGUCGGCGCAUAAAUGUGUCGCAGCACUUCGAAUAUUGUCCGCCAAGAUUCUUUCGGCGACAGCCACACCGCAGCCAAGAUUGGGGUUGCUGGAACAGCAGGCAAUGAGCAACCUGAAAAUAAGCUACAACUUCCCUUCAAAUAACAGCAAUCAGGUCGUGGGUGGGUUUGAUCUCAACCUCAGGUUCGAUGAUAUCAAUUUUAAUGACAUUAACUUCGACGACAUUAAUUUCGAUGUCGACGUCGAAAACUACGCGUGGCUGAACGAAGUGACCUCUUGGAACUUCCUGAGUGGAUGA